GGUAGCGUAUAUAGAAAAGCCCUGCUCUUUCGCUCUAUAGGCACGUCUAACCUCCAAAUGGGUACCCAAGGUGAAGAGGGUGGGGAGCAGGGGUAACGGCGCAGCAACGGUUCCAUCGUGGUACCGGUCAUCAACUCAGUCUUAGCAAAGUACCGAUACUGUCAAGACGUGUGUAUGGUCGAAUACGAAAACGCGUUUUUUUAACAUUGGUUCUCUCUCUGUCAAGGUUCUUGUAACAUUAAAGUGAACGGUAUAUAACUUCAUAGUGCGCCGGUCGGUAUUUGAGUGACAAAAAUCAUGGAUUUAUUAUAAACGGAGGAUUAUAAAUAAGUGACUCAAAAUGCCUAAGAUAUUUUUGAUUAAAAACAGGUUGCACCAACAGCAAUUGAGGCUGUUGGAGUCGCAGAAUGCUGUUCAAGUUAAAAACGAUUUGGGACUUGAUAAGAGUGAGGUUGAGCCGAGGGUUGUGCCUGUUUCUCCUCAACCUCUUUCCCUUAUUGUACCUAAAAAAGAUACCGAUAAAAUUGUGUACGUUAUAUCUUAUAUAUACUGCGUUGAUCGCCUGUUUGUCUCUCCUCGUUCGGGCCAGAGAGUUUUUCGCCAUUUUGUCGGGUACGAUUGGUUUUUUGGCAUUGAACCAAAUUGGUUGCGGUUUUGA